AAGACUUCUCGAUCUUUUCACCCAUCACCUUUGUCUUUUAUAAAGUUCAUCACUUUCACUUCUCACUUUCCUAAAAAACAGAGCAAAAAAGAGAGAUGAAGAGCCAAAUACUCUGUUUCACCACUCUGUUCAUAGCUAUCUUCACCUCUCAAACCACCACCAAUGCUUACAACUUCAAAUUCGCAUCCUUUGGUGGUAACGGCACCAAUCUAAUAUCAUUCCACGGAGACGCUGAGUAUGGUCCUGACCACUCCGGAGCCAUCGCACUGACCCGAGACAACGUCCCCUUCUCUCACGGCCGAGCUAUUCUCAACACUCCAAUCACUUUCAAGUCUAACGCUACAGCUCUUUACCCUUUCAAAACCUCUUUCACUUUCUCCAUUACUCCUAAGACAAACCCUGCUCAAGGCCACGGCCUCGCCUUCGUCGUCGUACCGGCAAACCAACACGACGGUUCCGGUUUAGGAUACCUCAGUCUUGUGAACCGGACCAGCAACGGUAAUCCUAAUAACCACCUCUUUGCUGUCGAGUUCGAUGUCUUUCAGGACAAAAACCUCGGUGACAUGAACGAUAACCAUGUCGGAGUCGACAUUAACUCGGUUGAUUCGGUGGCUUCUGUCAAAUCCGGUUACUGGGUUAUGACAAGAAACGGUUGGUUGUUCAAAGAUUUGAAGCUGAGUAGUGGAGAUAGAUACAGGGCUUGGAUUGAGUACAGCAACAACCACAAAAUCAUCUCCGUCACCGUUGGUUUGGCGCAUUUGAAGAAACCGAACCGGCCUUUGAUUGAAGCAAAAUUCGAUCUUUCCAAUGUAGUUCACGACCAAAUGUAUACCGGUUUUGCCGGUUCGAUGGGCCGUGGUGUCCAGCGUCACGAGAUCUGGGACUGGACUUUCCAGAACUGAACAAUACCGGUUCGGUUUGGUUCGAGAUCAUCGGUUUUGUUUCUGGUUUUCUAUAUGUCGUGACUUCAGGCUUUGUAUUGAAGUGGAAAUAAAUGCUCAGUUUUAUGGCUUACCGACAUUGUGAUGAAUUAUUGUUGUCAGAA